UAAUUGGCUGCUUGGCCCCUCUGGCCAUACUGGCCAAGACGCGACUGAACCGACCAAAAAAAAAAAAACCAAAAAAAAAACGAAAGAGGAGAGGAGCCGCUCAGCUGGGGCCGAAAACAGGGAAAACAGCCGCUGCGGAGGAGCAUGACGUCCAUACUGGACAUGAAGGCCGGCCCGCCCGACUACUGGGCGGAAAUUGGUAACUUCUUCCUGCCGCUAAAGGUCCUGAUCACCAACGACCGUUUCGACGCCCUCGUGCGGGACAUCGACCUAUAUUACCUGAUCAACGGUGUCUUUUGGAUAUUUGUGGCACUGUCCUGCGGCUUCUGUGGCUUCCAGCGGCUCUUUCAGUUCUUUCUGAAAUCAUCGAAUAUGAAGUACUUCAAACGAAGGCAAUUCGCGCGAUUGAUUUGGAAUAUUGCCUUUUAUGCGGCCAGUUGUUUAUUUUUGUAUUUCUACAACGAGUUCAUGAUCCUGCCGCAACUGAUGAAGAACCAGGGACGAUAUUCCCUAUUCUACUCCUCGGAUAAUCUGAUAUUCUAUCGAUCGCAUCAGACGGAAAAGUUUCAAUUUUAUUCAAUAUUUAUUAUAACAUUUUACCUGCACGGAGCAAUGUUGGACUUUAAAGAGGCCGAUUUUCUGGAGGUGGGCUCCAAGGCGCUCUACCUGUUGGCCCUGGUGGCAAUCGAUGUUUACAGAUAUGAGAACUAUUUUGUUGGCCUGAAUCUAACCGUGGGAUUGUAUAGCAUUCUCACCGAGGUGCUGGCCCUACUGGUGCUACCCAGUACGAAUCGACAUCGAUUCAUCUACCAGAUCUUCCUGGGCCUAAGGAUAGCGGCGUGGGCUCAUGUUUUUGUUAAUUUGCUGCCUUUUAAGUAUUUUAUACCCACACUGUUUGCAAAGAAUUUUAAGUUGCCACUGAAUGUGGCAAUAUGGUUGUGGUAUGGCCUAUCCAUUUGGAAUUCGCCAGUGUUGCAAUAUUUUUAUCAUCAGAUCUAUCAUACCACACCGUCGGAUUGUUCGGGUGAGGGUUCAGCAGCCAGAUGCAUCUUGGUUAAGGACUCUGUAGAGUUCCGUCACUUCAAGACCUUGAAGAAGGCCUAUUUGGAGGUGAAGUUGGCCCAUGAGAAGACCAAUGCCAAUUCAUUGCCCUCCGGAGAGACCAGUUCAGCCUCAGCCAAGACCUUCCAGGCCAUUAAAUGCGUCAUGAUGUUGAAACGGAAAUUGAAACGUAUCCGUGAGGGACGUGGCCAUGAGCCGGAGGAUGAGAACGAGGACCUCACCAGCGAUGCCUAAAGACCUACAUGAAGACCUAGACCUCGUUAAAAAAACAAAAACACGUAGACAUUACAUUUCCUUAAACCAAAAAAGACACAAGUUCCGCUUAGGCUAUAAAAAAAAAUAAGAAAAGAAAAGAAAUCACUACGAAGAAACUACCUCCCACUUUGCUAAAUUGUAGUGCCCUCUCACUCUCUCUCUAUAUCUAUCUCACUUCAACAAUGUAUCUCUCUAUCUCUCUCGCUUUCUGUACAAGUUUAUGCGUGUCCAUGAAGUGCAUUUUGAAAAUCAAAUUUGAGGCUAAAAAUCAAAAAUAAUCUCU